ACCCUCGUCCCCUCCUCGUUCCAUGCGGCCGUCCGGCCCACCGGUCCAAACCUUCGAGAGGCCUAUCCUGCCGCGCGUCGGUCGGCCCCGACGGUUUGCUGGCCGUGCUCGGAGCUUCCAGUCCCAGGUCGGCGACACCAAGGGGGAGUCCGUACCUGCGGGAGCAUUCCUGCAUCAUAUUCCCGCGCGGCCGCCGCGCGCUCGCCGUCGUCAAGUUCCUCGCGGCGCCUCCAUCGGCGCCGUCCCCGAGGUCACGUAGGGCCACCUGCUGGAGCUCCUGGCGCGGGAGGUCUUCGAGAGGUUCCACGCCUGCUACAACGCGCUCCUCGCGUCGGGGCUCCAGGAGGCAGGUCUGAGAGCGCUGGACGUCGCGGAGCUCCCGCUCUACUCGGUUGGCCACAGCAACGGCGCCCUGCUUCAGCUGUUGGUGGGGAGCUACUUCUCGGAAAGCAUACAAAGGCUAACGCCAUUGUCUCGUUCAACAAUUGGCCAGCUUCGGAGGCUGUUCCUUACUUUGAACAGAUAGGCCCUCUUUUUAGUCAAUUGAUUCCAAUGAUGGAGGCCUCACCUGUUUACUCUGUUGCCAGAAAUGCAUCAGGAGAUGCAUGGAAGGCUCUAUUUGAUUUAACUGGAGGUUUUAUACUGGAAUUUGAUCAAGAAGCUAUGGUAUCACUGAGCAAAUUUGUCGAUCAGUUACCAUCAGUAAUGAAUCAGGUUACAAAGGGCGUGUCUGAAUUCAAUCCAACACCGCCUGAAAACCAUCAAUCCUGCAAAAACUCCUACAGCGUGAAAUUCAGCGUUGAUGCUAUUGAAGAUACCGAUAUUGGUGGACAAAUAAAGAAAACCAUACUGUCAGGAACACAUCUAACUCCAUGCAUGCUUUUUAUAAAUAAUUCUGCAAAAUAUGUGUGCAGGAGCAACAUCCUGUUAGUCAUUCACCACCAACAAUAGUCUCUAGUUGUUGACGGCACUAAAGAGAAUUUGUGAGAAUGGAAGUAAGCAAGCUGGUGUUUCAUUAGGGUCGUUCACCAUCAUUUGGCAUUCUCCAAAUUUCUGCUUCAUACUAAAGAGAAUUUGAUGUGAAAUGGCAAGUUAGUUCAGAAUACACUCCAGCAGAUGCUCUUGCCGAGGGAUUGAAAUCAUUGGCUGUUGGCGUAAAAGGAUAUCUUGCUUGAAUAGAGUACGACAAGAGCCUCUUCUAACGAGAAAGCUCAAGCUUAGGGACAACAGUGAGCUAAGAGAAGAGAGCGAGAGAAGGGGUGUGUUUGUGAUGGACCUAAGAAUAUAAGAGAUUUUACCAGGUUCAGACCUCUUGGUCGGAUAACAGUCCUACAUUCUGUGCUUUUGCUUAUGGUAUGUAUCAACUGGUUACAAGAUGAGUUUCUACAUCUGAUCAGAGGAGAAAAAUCCUUCCCCAGGGGUCCCCUCUUCCCAGAUGACCACGUCCCUUUAUUUAUAUGGUGUACGUAGCUUAGUGUAUAAGUUAUCAUGAUGUAUA